AUGGGGCCGGGGCAGGGGAGGCCGCGCCCCGCCCACUCCUCUAUAUUAAGCCUGGCGCCGCGUGAGUCCCCCACUGGCUGCUCUCAAAAGCCAUCUUUGCAUUGUUCUCGGGCCCCGCGCGCCGGGCAUCUCUCCCGCUGCCGCCGCCGCCGCUGCCGCCCUCGCCUCGUCCGGCCCCGCUCCGGUCCCGCGCUCCGGCGGCGUGCUUGUGUGUGGGCUGCUUCUCGCGCGUGGGCUCCUCCGGCCCCCUGCGUCCCCGCCGCCCGGCCCCUCGAGCAUCCUCGCGCCUCUGGCAGCUGCCCCCGCCCCGCCAUGUCCGACACCGCCGUGGACACGAGCUCCGAGAUCUCCACCAAGGACCUGAAAGAGAAGAAGGAAGUGGUGGAGGAGGCGGAGAACGGCCGAGAUGCCCCCGCUAACGGGAACGCGGUGAGUGCCCCGGGGGCGGGGGGGGGGCGGGGGCCGCUCCGAGUCCGGGCCCCCUUGUGGGCCGCGGGGCGCCCACAUUGCUCCCUGACCCGGCCGGGCGGGCGUGGGGGGGUCCCCGAGGGUACGAGGCCGCGCUUUGCUGUCGCUCCAGGUGAGGAGGAAGAUGGAGACGAAGAUGAUGAAGCUGACACGGCCACAGGCAAGCGGGCAGCUGAGGACGACGAGGUGAGCCCGGGGCCGGGGUGAGGGGGC